AUGAAAAAUUUUAGCAGUGAUGAGCUGAUCCCUGGCAUACUUCCCAAGCUCAAGACUUCAAAAGAGUGGUUGGAACCAAAAGCACUUUCUUUUAUGGAGGUAUUAGCUAAAGAAGAUACUGAUGCAGCUAUUCAUUCAAUAUUAUAUAGAGAAAGUUAUGUAAUUAAGGAAAUAGAUAGGUAUUUACAACAUCAUGACUUUUUAAAUACAAGAAGAAAAGAGAUAUUAUAUAAAAGAUGGGUUGACCAUGUGGCAGAUCCUCUCCAGAAGAAGAUUAUAGAAAAAGUCUGUUCACAUAAGAAGAUUAAAAAAAGGAGACAAGAGGAAUUAGAAAGUUUUUUAAAACAUGUAAAUAAAAAGGGAAAUGCAUUUAUAGAAAAUUAUGAUCCAAAAGAGUAUGACCCUUUUUACAAGACCAAAGAGGACCCUCAUUUUAUGAAGGUUACCAUCCCACCAUUCCAUGACCCUUUGAAAAAGGCACAAUAUGACAAGGAUGAAGAAAAAAGAACUCUUCUUCAGUGUGAGACUGGGAAAAUAUAUACAAUGAAAGAAUUUAAAGAGGUUGAAAAGGCCAAACUGCGUUCCAGAUUCCCAAGAAUUUCUAACUCAAGGCAAUUUAUAACUCCAAAUGAGUGGCUUAAACUGCCUACAAGAUACAUAGAAAGUGAAUUUUGUAAAAGGAGCAGGUUAAAAGUGAAAGUGAAUGUUAACAUUAGUAGUUUUGAUUUGAAACCAUCAGCAAGAGCACUUCAUCUUCAGGAACCUCAGAAAGAAGAAAAAGCAGUUAUUUACAAUAACAAAAAGGCAUCCUUUCUGGAAAAGAAACCUCUAUGUUAUCAGGAGGCAAAGAAUGCAAGACCCAAAGAGGGUGACUGUGAAAGGCUUUUUUCUUCCUUGAACCUCAGCCAGGAUGUAGACAGGGAUGAGGACCAGAAAGUGGGAACCAUUCCACUUACAGCAGUGGGGGUGGUCUUUGUCACUUAUCACAUUCAACUGAGGCCCAACAUUUUGUUCCCCUUAAUUCAGUCAUGA